GGCUCUGGCUGAGAACAUGGCCAGCGGCAUUGACGAGCUCAUUGGCAUCCCCUUCCCCAACCACAGCAGCGAGGUGCUGUGCAGCCUCAACGAGCAACGGCACGCGGGGCUGCUGUGCGACGUGCUGCUGGUGGUGCAGCAGCAGGAAUACCGCACACACCGCUCCGUGCUGGCCGCCUGUAGCAAAUACUUCAAGAAGCUCUUCACAGCCGGCACCCUGGCCAGUCAACCCUACGUCUACGAGAUCGACUUUGUGCAGCCUGAGGCGCUGGCCGCCAUCUUGGAGUUUGCCUACACCUCUACGCUCACCAUCACCGCCUCCAACGUCAAACACAUCCUCAACGCUGCCCGCAUGUUGGAGAUUCAGUGCAUUGUCAACGUCUGCCUGGAGAUCAUGGAGCCCAGCGGGGAGGGCGGGGAGGAGGACGACAAGGAGGAUGACGACGACGAGGAGGACGAUGAUGACGAUGAGGAGGAGGAUGAAGAGGAGGAGGAGGAAGAGGAGGAGGAGGAGGAAGAUGAUGACACAGAGGACUUCGCCGAUCAAGAAAACCUGCCUGACCCCCAGGACAUUAACUGCCACCAAAGCCCCUCCAAGACGGACCACCUCACAGAGAAGGCAUACUCGGAUGCCCCAAGUGACUUCCCCGAUGCUUUUCCGGCCAGUGGCCCUGGCCACCUGGGUGUGAUCCGGGACUUCUCCAUUGAGUCCCUACUGAGGGAGAACCUGUACCCCAAAGCUGGCAUCCCUGAUCGGAGACCCUCCCUGUCUCCCUUUGCCCCAGACUUCUUCCCCCAUCUCUGGCCAGGCGACUUUGGGGCCUUCACGCAGCUGCCAGAGCAGCCCAUGGAGCCCCUGGACAACACGCCCCUAGAUCUGGUCAUCAGAAGCCGCAAGAUCAAGGAGGAGGAGAAAGAGGAGCUGCCCCCACCCCCGCCACCCUUCCCCAAUGACUUCCUGAAGGACGUAUUCCCUGAGCUGCCCGGGGGGCCGCUGGGCCCCAUCAAGGCAGAGAAUGACUACGGUGCCUAUCUCAACUUCCUGAGUGCCGCCCAUUUGGGCAGCCUCUUCCCGCCCUGGCCGCUGGUGGAGGAGCGCAAGUUGAAACCCAAGGCCUCGCAGCAGUGCCCCAUCUGCCACAAGAUCAUCAUGGGGGCUGGGAAACUGCCACGGCACAUGAGAACACACACCGGGGAGAAGCCAUACAUGUGCAACAUCUGCGAGGUCCGCUUUACCAGGCAGGACAAGCUAAAGAUCCACAUGCGGAAGCACACAGGAGAGAGGCCCUACCUGUGCAUCCACUGCAACGCCAAGUUCGUGCACAACUACGACCUCAAGAACCACAUGCGCAUCCACACGGGCGUGCGGCCCUACCAGUGCGAGUUCUGCUACAAGAGUUUCACGCGCUCCGACCACCUGCACCGCCACAUCAAGCGCCAGAGCUGCCGCAUGGCGCGGCCCCGGCGAGGCCGCAAGCCUGCUGCCUGGAGGGCGGCCAGCCUGCUCUUUGGGCCCGGUGGCCCCGCACCCGACAAGGCCUUCAUGAUGCCGCCCACUCUGGGAGAUGUGGGCGGCCACCUGGGCGGCGCCACCAUGUGCCUGCCCGGCCCCAGCCCUGCCAAGCACUUCCUGGCGGCGCCCAAGGGCGCGCUGAGCCUGCAGGAGCUUGAGCGUCAGUUCCAGGAGACCCAGAUGAAGCUGUUUGGCCGUGCACAGCUGGAGGCCGAGCGGAACGCUGGCGGCCUCCUGGCCCUGGCCCUGGCCGAGGACGUGGCGGCGGCGGCACGGCCCUACUUCCCGCUGCCCGACCCGUGGGCCGCAGGCCUGGCCGGGCUGCCGGGGCUCACAGGCCUCAACCACGUGGCCUCCAUGUCCGAAGCCAACAACUAACCUGGUCCUUGCCCACCCCUCGCUGUCUACCUGCUCAGUCUCCUGUCUGCCCAGGCCCACCC